AAAUGAGAUGGACUGCGUCUCGGUGAGAAUAACUGAUAGGAAAAUGCGAAAUAUCUCGUUCUUUUAGCAGUUACCGCCGCAUUUUUCGAGUUUUAUUUAGUAAGUGUUGAUGACAUUUAAAUAAUUGGUGCGUGAGGUUUAUGAAUGGUUGAUAUAUUAUUGUACAAAGCGUGAUUUUUGUGUGUGAGUGACUUUGGAUUUGCUUUUUGACUCGCCUCAGUCAACUCGCGGAGACUUGGUCUUGGUCCAUCGACCACCCACGGGCACGGUACUGUGCCGUGUCUACAUGUACUAUGUGCAAUUUCUUAUGCGUGGAAAAUGAACAGGAAUUAUGGAUGACAAUGAAUUCAGUGCAAGCAUGGAUUCAGAAAGUGAAGAUGAUGGGAUCUUGCAAGAUGGCAUGGAAGCUCAAAUAGUAGGAGAUGAAUUUUCAACAGUAAGGAACUCUGAUGCACAUCCAUGUAAUGAUGGGGAGACUGAAAGAAUUAGUCAAAGGACUGAGGAGGAAGAAGAAGAGAUGGAUUAUACAUCAGGAAAUGAAUAUCAAGAAGAUGUAGGAGAGGCAUCUGUCAGGGAAGGAGAUACGUUUUACAGUUGCCAUGAAGACUUUCACCAAAUGAGUGGAUUUUCUGAUAGGGGAAGUUGGGGGGUUGAAGGAGGGGGUCCACGUAGCCCUGUAGGCUCCCCGCCCGAGAGCCCAGAAAUGGCAAACAGUGGUAGUGAGACGGCAGAGUUUGAUGACACUACUCCAUCAGAGACUGAUACUUCUGUCAGGUUACAGAGUGAAAGACUAGAGCGAGAAGGAGAAGAGGAGGAAUACAGCAGUUUUGUGCACGCAACACCAGCUAGUCCCAUGACAAGUUCAGCAGAGAGUGCGGAUGAAAAUUACCCGUCAACUACUCAAGAAAGCGAGGCACUAGAGUUUUCUGAGAGUAGAGAUGAUGAAUCCGACAUGUUUGAUAGGGGAGGGGACGAUAAAUCUGAUACUUUUGAAAGGGAAAGAGAGGAUGAACGACCAUCUUCUAGUGCUGAUGUUGCAGACUCUAGUGAGGAGAUUGAGGAAACCGUUAAAUCACCGACUGUGCCUUCCUAUGCGCAGGACAAUUUCCCUUAUGAUCAAAGGACAGGAGUUAGUACAACUUCAGGUACUGAACAAUCUGCCCAAGAGCCUGAGGAAGAUGAAGUAGGAGAAAAGUAUCAAGAUACAGAGCAGUUAUUCCCAGUAGAUGGUAAGAAAUUAGAACUUCCUUGUGUGGAAGAUGAUGGUAAUGAAUAUAACCAAGGUGACCAAAGUACUGAGGAUGUUGAUACAAGAACUCAGAAGGAUGAUGAUAUCUUACAGCAAGAUCAAGGUGAUCAGGAGCAAGGAGUGCACAGUGAUAUUAAAAAAGGUGACACUUUUGACAAUGACGAUGAUCAUUUAGAUUUGACAGUGCCAACAGAGACGGCAAAAAUAUCCAGGAAGUACGGUGACCGUUCAGACGCAGCAGUGGUCGAGGUGCAUCACAUAGAGGAUCAUGGCGAUGAGCUCGACUUUGAGGAGGAUGUUGAUGACCAUGCGCAGCCUGAUCACCAGUUACAUUCAGGAGAGCCGGCAGAUGAAGAGGAGGAGGAGGAGAAGAAAGAUUCUGUUGUUGAAGAGGAAAAAGUGGAUAAUAAGCAAAAGAAUACAGAAAAUGAAGAUUCAGAAGGGGAUGGAGAGGUGAAGGAUGACGACGAUGAUGGUGAAUGUAAUGAAGGUGAAGAAGGAGAAGAUGGGGAAUUAGAUGAUGAUGACAUGGAAGAGGGAGAAGUCAAAGACCCUGUUGAGAAAAAGAAACCAGAGGUUCGUCCCAUUUGUCGUUUCUAUACAAGAGGACAAUGCUUCUGGGGUAAUAGCUGUCGAUUCAUACACCCGGGCAUCAAUGAUAAGGGCAACUACUCACUGAUUGACAGGAGAGAACUUCACAAUGCCCAGGCUGUGUUACUGGGUCAGCCCAUUGAACCCCCAUCACCCCCUCCCAAGGAAGACCUACCUCCCCCUCCCCCAGAGGAAGAAGAAGAGUUUCUGCCCCCGCCCCCGGAGGAACCUCGUCAAGAGAGUGCUUGGGAGAGGGGCCUCAGACAUGCCAGAGAGCUUCGGAAGAAAGCCAUGGAGCUCAAAGAAAAGGGGAUUCUACCCGAAGAACAGAAGACCAUAGGGGACAUGAUUGAUGAAGAAAAUGAUUUUGACAAGGAAAAUGAAUUCUUCCCAGAAAAGGGGGACAUUGAUGAUCCAUACAUGCAAGGUGAAGUAUACCCACAAGAGCAAUACCCCUAUCCAGUGCCCCCUGAACAUUACGAGAGAAAUUUAAACUUCAGGGAGCAGCAACCUUCCCCACCUCGACAGGUCUAUAGAGUUCAACAAGAUUUCAAUGAUCCAAGGAGGAGGAUGAUGAAUCAAGGAAGACAGCGCAAUGACUGGCAGCAGAAUAGCUUCAACCGUAACCGCCAGCAACAGCAGUUCAGAGGCCAACGCCCCCAACAGCAGCAGCAGCAACCCCCUUUCCGUCGUGGGAGAAGCCCGGGUGGCUUUGGGGACAAACGCCGGGACGAGCGUCCAGGAGCCAUGAGGAACGUGCCCAGAAGGGACAAGCUGGGGAUGAGGGCGGGUGAUGGUGGUCUGACCACUGGAAAGGCUGGCAAGGACAAGGCAGCAGAUUCAUGGCAGGAUCCAUGGGCAAGGAAUAAGUCACCUGGAAGGAAAGGCAGAUCUACCUUGGGAAGUGGGCGUCGUCCAAGAUCAAGAUCAAACUCAUCAGCAUCUUACAGUGACCGAUCCUAUUCCUCCAGAUCCCGAUCCAGAUCUGACUCUAGGUCCAGGUCACGUUCAUACUCUUCCCGCAGCCGAAGCUCCUCCAGGAGCUCUUAUAGUGGUUCUUCCCGGUCCAGGUCCAGAUCCAAAUCUCCUGGCUCCCAGUCAUACUCCAGCUUCUCGUCACGCAGCAGGAGCAGGUCACCACCCCCUAAGGUUAAAGGAAAGAUAGCGGCACCAAAGCCCAUAGCAAAGCCAGGGGCGCCACAACAGAUAGCCAGAGUUGGGGUGAAGCCUCCUGUCAAAGCCCCUGCUAAACCAAUACCAUCAUCCAAACCAACACAGUCUCAACAGCAGAGAAGUCAGGCCCCACUUCAGGGUCGGCCGCCUGGUUCCAAAGUAGUGGCUGGACGCCCAGUGGUAGCUAAACAACCUGUCAGUAGGCCUCCAGGUGGUCAGCCAGGAGUCCGGAAACCUGUAGGACCUGGUGCACCUCCACCCAAGGCUGCCCCAGCCAAGGGAUCAGAUAAACAGCAACUAAUGAAGAGCAAAUCUGCUUUCCCGAAGCCAGUACCAAUGAAUCGUAGAUCUCGCUCCAGAACCAGAUCAGAGAGUCUAAGCAGCAUCAGCAGUCGAUCAAGCUAUAGCAGCUACAGCAGGUCCAGGUCUCGCUCCCGCUCUAGGUCUUAUUCUGGCUCUUCUUCAUCCUCUCGCUCCCGCUCGAGAUCAAGAUCUAGGUCGUUGACCAGAUCUAGGCCUGGAGCAUCUAGGCCUGGAGCAUCAAGGCCAGGACAACCUCGGCCUGGUCAAGUUAGACCAGGACAAGUUAAGCCAGGACAACCAAGACCGGGACCACCCAGGCCAGGACCACCCAGGCCAGGUCAACCCAGGCCAGGGCAACCAAGAUCAGGACCACCCAGACCUGGAAUGGAAAGAUCAGGACCACCUCGAUCAGUACCACAUAGACAAGAGGCUAUUAGGCAAGCACCAUCUAGGCCAGGUGUGUCCAGACCAGCGUUAGCAAGAUCGGGAAGUGGAACAGCUUCAGGAAGACCGCCACCACGUCGCUCAAGAUCUUACUCGGGCUCCCGAUCCCGCUCCAGAAGCAGUUCUAUCAGUAGUAGGUCAUCCGUAUCUAGUGCAGACUCUGAAAACAUGUAUGCCAAUCUGGCUAGCCCAGUAUCCUCCGCAAGUUCUGCAGAUACACCUCCAGCUCCAAAACGUGGAACAAAAGCUACUAAAGGGUCCUCCAAACUACCAUCAGCUGUAUCCUCCACUAUCAAGUCCAAACCUCAAUUAAAGCAAGACAGGAUGACCAAACCUCCAUCAAAAUCUUCACCUCAAACUAUGCGUGUAGCAGCACCCAAGAAAGUUACAAAGGUACCCGUUGGUAAGGCUACCCCUGAUAGGUCAGCAGCUGCAGCAGCAGGAAAGGUGCAAUCCCGGGCUGUACCUGUUGGAAAGUCAAUGCCGAAGUCAUCAUCUGGAGAGCGACCAAGCAGUAGCACAAAGGUACAGAGUGCUCAGAGACCAAGCAGCACUACAGCGCAACAGGCAAAGACAAAACCUUCGAAAGGAACAGAAGGCAAGAUGGGAGAAAGACCAGCAGAUCAGAAAAUGAGAGAACGUGGACCUCCUGUAACCAUCUCUAGCAGCAGCAGCAGACCAACCUCUAAUCAGUCAGGCAUUUUGAAGCAUGCUGCUCGUAAAGAGAUCAAACUCAAUCUCAUAAGCAAGCCUUCAGAUGAAAGUAAGAAACGACCUGCAGACCCUUCUGUUAGUACAAGACCAGAAAAGAAAUCCAAGACAGCUCCUGAGAGAGAUCAUAAGGUAGGAUCAUCCACUGUCAAGCAGCAGGCUACAUCAUCUACCGAUGUCAAGCAUUCUAAGGUGACCAGCUCUGAUCGCAAACGAGCAUCGUCUCCACCAUCCUCCAAGUCUCAGCCACCAUCAAAGGCUCUGAAGCCUGCCCUCAAGCCUGCCCUCAAACCAGCCCUCAAACCGGCAGCCAAACCAGCUCCCAAACCAGCUCCCAAACCAGCUCCCAAACCAGCUCCCAAACCAGCCGCCAAACCAGCCACUAAACCAGCUGCCAAGAAGGAAUCCAUUUCCAGGAGAGAAGAGAUCCUGAAGCAACUCCAGGCUGUCGAAGACCUCAUCAGGAAGAAGAAAUCCAAGAUGAAGUAAAGCUCAUCUCCUUUCUCUUUCCUUGUGCUCUUCUCUCCCUGUUCAUCCUGAAUUCUGUAUUAACUACAUGUAUCAAUAUUCUCAAUCAUAUACCGAUUGGCAUGAUUUGAGCAGGGCGAUAGCUGUUACUAUUAACCUACUAAAAAUUAAUUGGUAUAUAAAACACUGACUGCAAUUUUAUUUCCGGCAAUAGUAAAAGCCACUGCCCGCAAUAAUCAAGUGACUUUGGGGGCGACGGUUUUUACUAAAGCCCUCUUGAGUGGUCAAUAUUUUUAUACUAAUCUCCUAUGAAAAUACAUGUACAUCUUGCAGCCUCUUUCACAAACUGAAAUGUGACUGCAAGUUGCACUCAAAUUCCCAAUUGCAAACAAUAUAUAUACUACAUUACUGCUUUGGUCAGAAUGAGUUCACUGACAAGCAUCAUUACUGCUUUACAAUUUACGAUCUUACACAAUCCGUAUGCUCUAUGCAUUGAUAUAAUUAAAGCAUAAAUCACACAUUACUCUGUGAAUUUACCUCCAAUACAUAUUAAUGACAAGUCAUCCCAAAUGUAUUGUUACUAGAGUGUUUAUUUACUCGCCAUUGUGCAGUCUGUCAAUUUGAAUAUAUUUUACUGUGUUUUGAUACCACAGUGUGGUCAAUCUUGUUCACUUCUUCAGCAUUUGUAUAACAUGUCUGGCUAAGAUUUUUUUUUUUAAAUCAUGACCAAAGUAUUGGCAAAUCGAUAAGUCUCGCUGUACCUUCUUAAUUGCAUUUUGCAAGUUCUGCAGAAUUAAGGAAUUACAUAAAUGUAGGAUUAUUAGGGGUGCAGUGUAGAACAUAUGGAAGGGGUCAUUUGCUUGUGUGUCUAUUAAGAAAAAAAUGGUUAUCUAGAUAGACUUGUCAUGCAGUCAUGCUGCUGUUAUUUUGAUAACUCUUCUAAAAAGCCAGAGAUUUUUGGAUAUCUUAUUCUUGACAUUUUAUUUGUCUUUACAGUUUAAGAACUUCCAGGUCCGUUCUCCAUUCUACAAUUCUACAAUUAAUUUUAGAUUAAAUUUAUGAAUAAAUGCCUAUUUACUCUGCUGUGUAAUAAAGAAAGAUGUGUGAAAUAAUUGGAUUUGAAACAACAAUAGUUUUUUUUCUAGAAUAUAUUAUUCAUGAAACUUCCUUUAAUCACUAAUUACUGAUUAAAACAUGUUUGUCGAAUAGCUCUAAUGUUUAUCAAUUAAAAGAAAAAACCCAAACAUUAAGCAGUCAUAUGUGCAUAAAAUGUACAACCAAGUAUGUAUGUGUAGGUAUUUCUUGUAUUUUUUGCUAUUUCUUUUUGAAAGAGAAGGCUGCUGAAAAGAAAAUUUAGCAGUGUAAAUAAGAAUAUUUGCAGAAGUAAUGCUAAAUCAUUUGGUUUUCUUUUUUUUUCUUCACGAAAUGCUCGUUACAAGUAAUUUUUUUCUUGAUAUGUCACAUUUUAGACAGUAUUUUCUGUCAAUCACGAAAACUUAUUGGUAGAUUUCUUAAGCAAUAUUUCUUAGACAAUGUUCUUAGUUGAUGUAUUAAAUCAAGAAUUAACCAAUUUUAUUAAACAUAAUUAGAAGAGAAAUUCCAAGAUGUUCAGCAACACUUGCAGUGUACAUUUGAAAUAUGUGUACAUAUUAUUAGAUCUUCUCGAUACAUGUAGCUGCAGUUUUUCAAAAGCUGUCUUGCUUUAGACUUUUUGUGUCAUUAACUUGUGCAUACCACUUUGAAUGCAAUCAUGUUAUGCUAAUGGCAUGUGUGUUAGCUUGGGAAAAAUAUUUUCUGAACUGGAUCUAUUUUCUCCCUAGUUUGUUUGAGCCAAUGACACUAUAUAUUGUUGAACCCAGAAGCAAUUUUCAGUGGUAAGGCCCAUGAAGUCUUUUGCAACUUUUGAGCUUUAAAAAAAAGGUGGUAGGGCUAGUGUAUGUCCUAAAGCUGUUAUGGUAUGGAUAUAAAGUAUUAAAAAAAUACAAAUGUAUUAUUGGAUGUAUUAUGUGAUUUUACUUUAAAAUUUAUUUUGGUUGGGAUCCAUAACAGAUAUAACUGCUGUUUAUUUCUAAAGGUAGCUCCAUUUUAUUUCUUUAAGGUAUAAACCAUUUCUCACUCAUGGAAUGGGCCAAACAUUUCAUGAUAUUGUUUUCAGCUUUCUGAUAAUCUAUGUAUUCAGCUUUCUGAUAAAGUAUCCUCAAAGAUAAAAUACCAAUUGUCAAAGUGAUUCAAUGGAUGAAUGCAAUUUGAUGGUCUCUACUUUUGUAAGAUUUGACUGUUAAAAUGAAUGAUUCACAAUUAUACAUGGUUUAACAGUGAGUUUCUUGUGUGAAAUAUGAUUUCCAUAGUGAUAUACACUAGGUACAUUACUACACUUUGCGAUACUGCAGUCGAGGUAACGGGAAAUUUACUUACCAGUGAAGUUAUCAAGUACUCUGAAUUGAUCAGUUUUGUGACGAACUUAAUAAGUGAAUAUUAUCAGUUGAAUACCGGUACUGACCAAAGUCAUGUACAUGUUUAACUAUAGUUUCUUGAUUUUUCAGGGACAUGUAUCUUAGGCAUUGCCUUGAUGCUAUUAUUGGUGAAGGGCUGUGUGUCAUUUACUUUGUAUAUGCUGCAAGUUUGUCAAAGACCAGUCUUACUGAAAGAAGUUUUCAUCAUGGUAUAAUAAUCAGUGUAGAUUUGAUUUGAAAUGAAAGUACAUGAAGCAUUAACACUUGUUAACUUUAAACUGAUUUUGAUACCACAAUUGUGUAGUGCUAUAAUGCUGUAAAAGUAAUGCCUAGUACAAAAUAUAGUUAUUUGAGUUCAUUGAUGCAUCGUGGUUAUGUACAAUGUAAAUAAAAUCUAUGGUGUUAGACUGUAUCUUUAAGUGUUAGAAAUAAACCAUGGAGUUUGAUUAGACACCAAAUAGUAAUGAUAUAUAUCAAAUCAAAUAACACUAAUGGGUGUUGAACUAACACCAUAAUUUCAACACUGGUGUAAAAUACUUGGUGUGGUCUUCUUAUUAACACCAACUGAUAAUACUUUUCCAUACCACUGUUUUUACUAACCCUGUGCCAAGGCUCCACACUAACCUUUUUUCUUGUGGCCCGAUCAGUCCACCAAAAUCAUCCACUUUAUAUUUUUGGUGGCCCUGAAACAAUAGACAACAUUACAAUUUAUCAAUAUGUUGGUAGCCUGACGGGGCAUCAAGUGUGGAUUUUUGCAAAAUUUUGGUGGCCCUACUCUCAAUUUAGGUUGCCCCGGGCCACUGCUAAUGUCGAGUCCUGUCUGUGCUGUUCCUUAUUUUUUGCAGUAUUUUAUCCUUCUUUAUUACAGGUUUCAUGAAAAAUUCUCCCUUUUGUAUUAUAGUCAUAGAUGCCUAUCGCAGAAAAUUCGAAAUAUCGUUUUCCAGCCAAAAUACUUUAACAUGGUUUGCAUCCUUGUUAUUGCAUCUUUAGUCCAAUGUUAUUGUAAUGGUUUGUCAUUGCAAUGUAAUCAGUGAUUUUAUAGAGGGAAUUUUGUCUCUUUAGAUUUUCACUAACCACCAGGCGAAUCAGUAUGUUUUUGAUGUCUUUAAGAAUGUCUUGUUUGUUAUUAUGCAUUGUUGUGAUUCACCUGUUAUUUUAUGAAAUUGAAGAAAUGAAAAUGAAUGAAGUCAUGCAAUCUUGCUGGUAUAAAUUGUACACUGUAUUAUAAUGAUGAUAUUGCAGGCAUCUAUGGACACAAUGUAUGAAUAAAUGUUCCUUCACUUUUGAGAGAAAAGAAAAGAA